AUGGCGGAGGGGGCGGGAUGGUGCCCGGCGGGAGGGAGGCGGCGGGGACGGGCGAGACGGGGGAUGGAGGAGGAGGAGGAGGAAGGCACCAAGGUGCUGCGAAGGCUGCGGGAGGCUCGGGACGAUUUGCUGAGCUCCGGUUUCUGGGCAGCGAGCAUCGGAGCCGUGCGGGCCCCCCUGUCCGCCAGCACCGAGCCCCCCACCCACUGUGUCUGCUACGGGCUGGGCCGGUUCAGCACCUGCCCCAGUGCCCGGUACCAACUGGGCUUCCUGCUGCUGCUGCUGGAGGAACUGGGGGUGCCCCCCGCGCAGUGCUGCGUGUUCGACCCCGCGUUCUCCCCGCAGGAGGUGGGAGUGCUGGGACAGCUGGGGCUGAGGAUGCUGCAGGACAACGAGGAGGGCAAACACGCCGUGGAGGGCUCGGCCACCCUGUUCUACAUGGUGCACUGCGGGAAAGCCUUGUACAACAACCUGCUCUGGAGGAACUGGGCUCUGGGGACACUCUCCAGAAUGGUCAUCGUUGGGAACAGCUUUAAAGGGAUCGAGGAAAGAUUGUUGUCAAGAAUAUUGGAGAGAGAUUACUGUUACAUUGCAAAGAUCUUGAAAGGGACAGAGGAAGUGUCCCUCCCUGCUCACCCACGGUACCUGGACACCUUCAAUGACACCUCCAUCCACUGGUUCCCCUUGCAAAAACUGAAGGAACUCUCCCCUGAGGUCUGGGACUUCGUGGAGGAGCCGAUGUACCUGGAGUGUGAGGACCUGGAGAUCAUCAGGAAGCAGGAUGGACACAGCCCUGCAGCCCAGGAGCCCUGACCACCUCCCACAGCAGCUUCUGCUCAGCUGAGAUGGAGCCUGGGGCUCACUGUGCUCUGCCAAAACCAGGCAGCACCUGAACUCUGAGCACGAGGGGACAUUUUUAUAUUUUUAUUAUUUAAUAAAAGGUAAAGUU